GAGGACCAGUGAGGCAGAGGAGGAGGAGGCAAGUGCAGGAGGCUUGGCACUGAACGGGACUCCGCGUAAAUAAACAGCACAGCAGCAAAGCGCUCCGUGGAGGGGGAGCUGAAGAGACGGAGCACACCGGGCUUCGCGUGUCGCGUCGAAGAGGAACAGUCAGCUGCUGGGGGAGCGACAUCAAUCGAGCCAUCUUUUGAACUGGGUCACCAGGAUAAUGGAAGACUGAAGAAAAACCCCAUAGGAGGAAGAAGCAGACAUCUACCCAGAGAGGAAGCAGAGCGAGAGUAUUUGGGUUCCUCUGUUGUGGAAGUGCCCUCAGUCUGUGAUUGAGCAGCAGUGGGGCAAAGGCAGACCACAGUGACCCACAAUAAUGAUGGAGAAGAGGAGUUUGGAAGCAGCGCUGCUGGUGUUGAUCCUGGGACACCUCGUCUCUGCUCUGGAGGUCCCAUUAGACCUUCUUCCAGGAUUGGCACAGCCUCCAACAAUAACUCACCAGUCCCCAAAGGACUACAUCGUGGAUCCUCGAGAGAAUAUUAUAAUUCACUGUGAGGCGAAGGGGAAGCCGCAUCCCAGCUUCUCCUGGACGAGAAACGGGACCCAUUUUGACAUUGAACAGGACGAAAGUGUCACCUUGAGGCCUCACUCAGGGACUCUGGUGGUGGACAUCAGCAGAGCAAGACCUGAACAUUAUGAGGGAGUGUUUCAGUGCACGGCGAGGAACAAACACGGAUCUGCUGUGUCCAACAACAUCGUCGUCAGACAGUCAAAGUCCCCCUUGUGGUCAAAGGAGAAAAACAAACCAAUCGUGGUUCAGGAGGGUGUCUCCUUGGUGCUGCCAUGCCGACCUCCAGCAGGACUUCCACCUCCCAUCAUAUUCUGGAUGGACAACAACUUCCAGAAGUUACCUCAGGGCAAGAGGGUGUCCCAGUCCUUGAAUGGCGACCUGUACUUCUCCAACGUUCGCCGAGAGGAUUCCAGGAACGACUACAUCUGCUACGCUCGCUUCACACACACACAAACCAUCCAGCAGAAACAGCCCAUUACUGUCAAAGUGCUCAACCUGGAUGCAAUCAAUGAAACACUGGCAGAAUAUUAUAAUGACACUGAAUUGUUAAAUGAGGCCCCAGUGGAUGAUAGGAAGCCAACCUUCCUCAUCCCAUCUGGCCACUCAAGCUACAAGAUGGUGCUGAGGGGACACGUACUGGAGAUGGAGUGCAUUGCCGAAGGACUGCCCACCCCUGAGGUAUCCUGGACCAAAGUGAGCGGAGACCUACCCAGCAGGCGCACGUCCUUCCUUCACUUCAACAAGACCCUGCGGAUUGUGAACGUGUCUGAAUCGGAUGAGGGAGAUUACAGUUGCACAGCCAAGAACCAGCUCGGCUCUGCGCACCACAUCAUCAACGUCGAGGUCAAAGCUGCCCCUUAUUGGAUCAGUGGACCUCCAAAGAAUCUUGUUCUGGCUCCAGGAGAGAAUGGAGCGCUGACCUGCAGGGCCAGCGGCACACCCAAACCCUCCAUCAUAUGGUCAAUGAAUGGUGACCGCAUAGAGAAUUUACCUACAGAUAUCAGCAGAAAAGUGGAGGACGACACAAUCAUCUUCACUGACGUUCAGGUUGGAUCCAGCGCUGUGUACCAGUGCAACAUCUCAAACCCGUAUGGUUACCUCCUCUCCAACGCUUUCGUCAACGUCCUCCAUGAGUCACCCAGAGUGCUGACGCCAGCCAACAAGAUCUACCAGGUCAUCGAAAAUCGCCCAGCCCUCAUGGACUGCUCCUCUUUUGGGUCACCCAUUCCCAAAAUUGAGUGGUUUAAAGACAGCAGAGCCAGCACCCUGAAUGGAGACCCUUACAUCCUGCAUGACAAUGGUACUUUGGAGAUUCAAGUAGCUCAGUCACAGCACAAAGGCAAAUACACCUGCAUUGCCAGGAACUCGCUUGGAGCCUCUGAAAACCAUGUUUACCUGCAUAUAAAAGAGCCCACCCGUAUCCUAAAGCAACCGGUUGACACGGUGGUUCAAAGAGGCCGAUCUGUGACGUUCGAGUGUACAAUAAAACACGACAAGGAUCUCUUACCCACUUUGAUUUGGCUUAAAGAUGAUGAGGAGCUUCCUGACGAUGAACGAUUCAUUGUAGAGUCCAACAGCCUGUCUACUUCUGAUGUGUCAGAGAGAGAAUGGCUCAGAGAUCAUGGGGAGCUGCCUAACGAUGAUCGAUUCAUCGUAGAAUUCAACAGCCUGUACAUCACUGAUGUGUCGGAGAGAGAUGCAGGGGUGUACACAUGCUAUGUAAACACCACUCUGGACCAAGACUCGGUCACCGCUGAGCUGACUGUUGUCGAGACCACACCAGCUCCGGCUGUCAUCCACGGGCGACCCGAUCCCCCCACAGACCUGGAGUUGACAGACCAGAAAAAGAGGAGCAUUCAGCUUACUUGGAUCCCUGGGGAGGAACAUAACAGCCCUAUUCAGGAAUUUGUAAUCCAGUAUGAAGACUCGCUGCACCACCAAGGUCACUGGCAUGACAUUGCACGGGUUCCCGGGACCAAGACAACGGCUCACCUCAAGCUUUCACCAUAUGUCCACUACACAUUCAGAGUGUUGGCCCGUAACGCUGUGGGUCUGAGCGAGCCUAGCAGCACAUCUCGAAUGUAUAAAACUGAGCCUGCAGCUCCUGACCAGAACCCAAAAAAUGUACGUGGAUCUGGAAAUAAACAUAACAAUCUUGUUAUCACCUGGGAGCCUCUAUCAGGCCUUCAGUCCAACGGUCCUGGGCUUUAUUAUAAAGUGAGUUGGAGGCAGAAGAGGCCAGGCAGCGACUGGAUAACAGCCACUACCAACAACUCCAUGUAUACUGUAUCUGAAAUACCCACAUUUAGUCCAUUUGAGAUAAAGGUUCAGGCUGUAAACAACCAUGGGGAUGGACCAGACCCCACUGUUGCUAUCGGCUACUCAGGAGAAGAUUUGCCAGCAGCAGCUCCAGCAAAUGUUCAGGCUGUAGUGCUAAACAGCACCUUGGCUCGGGUACGCUGGGACCCUGUGCCUCCUCAUUUAAUACGAGGGCAGAUCCAAGGAUACAAGGUUCAUUACUCGAGGACACACAGCCUUCAUAAACACAACCCCCAUCACACAGAGAAGCGCAUGCUCACCUUUAGUGGGAACCACAGCCAAGGCCUGCUGCCCGGGUUGCACCCGUUCAGCCACUAUUCUUUUUAUGUAAGCGUCUUCAAUAAGAAAGGAGAGGGUCCCAAAAGUGAAAAGCAGGAGUUUAAGACACCUGAAGGAGAGCCUGGGCCACCCGCCUCGCUGUCUGUCACAAACCCAAGCCUAGAUUCUCUAACCCUCGAAUGGAGUCCUCCUCAUGAACAUAAUGGGCACAUCACUGGCUACAACCUUAAAUAUCAGCCAGUCAAUAACUCCAAUGAACUUGGCCCAGAAGAGGAACUGGCCCUGGCUUCCAAUGAGACCUCAGUCACUUUGCAAAACCUCAAGUACAGCCCACGCUACAAGUUUUAUUUGAAUGCGAGAACAAGCGUUGGAGCGGGCCCAGCCAUUUCUCAGGAAGCUGUCGUCAAGCAGGAUGAAGGAGGCACCCAAACCUCUCAUCCCGUUGCAGGGUUUCCUCCACGCCGUCCGAACCACAAGGCCCGGCCUGUGAGUCUUUUUGCGAAUGUUAGCUCCUCGGUUGAAGAAGAUGGGGCCCUGAUCACUUGGGAGUACUGGGGCCCAGAGAAAAAUGUUUAUGUAGAGUACAUUGCAGAAAACAGUGAAGGUGAAGAGGAGUGGCAAAAAGAGCUUGUGAACGGCUCUCAGAACGUUAAGCUGAAAGGUCUAAAGGUGGGCCUCUCCUAUAGGGUGCGUGUAGUGGCCAAGGGUCACCACGAGCAGCCGCUCCAGUCCGAGGAGCUGUUUGUCACGGUCCCAGCUGUGACGAGCAGACAGGUAGACAUCGCCACUCAGGGAUGGUUCAUUGGCCUCAUGUGCGCCAUCGCCCUGCUCAUCCUGAUCCUUCUCAUUAUCUGCUUCAUUCAGAGGAAUAAAGGAGGAAAAUACCCCGUCAAAGAAAAGGAGGAUGCACACACAGACCCGGAGUUCCAGCCAAUGAAAGAUGAUGACUGUACUUUUGUGGAAUACAGUGACAAUGAGGACCAUAAACUGGUAAAAGAGAGCCGCACGCCGUCUAACGGGACGGUUAAGAGAGACGACAGUGACGACAGCUUAGUUGACUACGGGGAAGGAGGAGACGGACAGUUCAACGAGGACGGCUCCUUUAUUGGCCAGUAUAGUGGAAAGAGUUCCAGCAGGGACAAUGCCGAGGGUCCUGAGAGCUCAGGGGCCCCAUCCCCGAUUAACGCCAUGAACUCCUUGAACUCUUUUGUGUAGCGGUGUAGUGUGCUCGCUGCAUCCCGACAAUCGCAGAAUCUCCAUUUAGCAUGGGGCUUGGGGCUUGGGGCUUGGGGCUUUGGGGGGUCUCACGACUCUGCAUGGCUUCAUAAUCACACACCUCUGAGGCACAAGAAACAUAGAAAGACUGAUUUUUUUUUUUCACUUGGAAAUCUUCCUGACAACGUUGGGCUUAGUAGCUGAAUUGUAUGAUACUGAUUUGACAAUACAUGCUUUUACUUUAAGACAUAUAUUAUUAAUACUUUGACAUUAACUCAUAUUGCAUCUUUCAAUAGGCCUUACAUGAGCAAUGCAGUGCUUUUCUGGAAUCCAUAUAUUAUGUUGGGUUUGACAUUUUUUUUCACUGAAGCGGUGUUAAAUGUCAACAGUAAGCAGCUAACAUUCAUAUUUCCAACUGAGAACAGGACGUUGCCAUGACAUAGUGCACUGAUAUAAUGCAUGUGCUACAAUAAUUCAGUUUCCAAAUGCAUUUACAAUCCCACUGGCAGGACAUACACACCUGCUAGGCGUAUAACCGAACCAUACAGAGGGUGCAUUUCCUUGCAAAAGUAUUCAUAUCCCCCAGUUGUUUUUACGUUUUGUCACAUUACAAUGUCAAACUUAUGUGUAUUUUAUUGGGAUUUUAUGUUACACAAAAACUGGUAAUUGUGAGUGUAUAUAGUUGAUAGAGACACGUUCAUGAUUUUCUCACUUUUUUUGCAUUUUUGAGUCCGUGCUUUUUUGGAUCACCUUUGGAUCGUCCACAAGUAUUUUGGGGCAUGUCUGUAUUAGAGGAAACUCAGAUUAAGUUGAGAGCAUCUGUAAACAGCAAUUCGUAAGGUCUGGAUAUAGUUCUUUAUUUGGAUCCAUCUUCCAUCAGCUUCACUGUUCGUACAGUAUGAUACUGCCAGAGCUAUGGAUUUCUGGGAUUCCUUAAGAGUUUGUAUGUUCCUCUUGGCUCAUUUUCUGAUCAGUAGCUGCCUUGCCUACAUUGUAGGUUGAUGGCAAUGAGAAGAUGGAAAUAUGAGGUGUGCUAUAUUCUUUUUUUUUUCAAGUGAUGUAUUGAACAGUUCUCCAGGAAAUGUUCAAAGCUUUGGAUAUUGUUUUCUGACCUAACCAUGCUUUAAGCUUCUCCAUGCCUUUAUCCCAGGCCUUUCUGCUCUGUUCCUUGUAUUUUAUGAUCCUGUUUGUUCAUUAAUGUUCUCUAGAAAACAUGCAAACACUUAGAUUUGUACAGAAAUUAAAUCUUCCUGAGAUUUGGUGACGUGUAAAUGUUGUACUGGUUUUUAAUUGAGAACAAAUGAACGCCACAGCCUUUUCCGUCAACUUCUCAAUGAUACAUAGCUGUAUGUUGAUAUAUCAUAAAAUCUCCAUAAAAUAUACUCAGGUCUGUGAUUGUAAGAUGAGAAGCAGCUCAAGGGGGGUGAAUACUUUUUCAAAUUGGGUGCUGACAGGUCCUCCUUUGUCACCUCUUUAAUCUGCCCCUGCAAAUGUAGAAAUUGAAAUGCAGCUUUGGAUGUGUCAUGCCAUCUUUAUAUUAUUUUUUUUCCCCCUGCAUGUGACCUCCUGUUUUUUUUAGCUCAAUCUGAAGAUCAGAUGUCAAUGCUGAAGGUCCAGCAGCUUGGAGGGGUUCCUUCAGCAGGUAGUGCCUUUCUAAAGCAGAGACUCAGUUCUGAAAACUCUCAUUGGAGUUUAAUUACUAGAGUGAAGACAAUAAUGGGAUUUGUAAGAGGCAGGUCCAAGGACAAAAUACGGCACGUCAUAAAUUCACUCCUAAUGAUGCUUUGACAUGCAGCUUUGUUUCUUUAUUGGGAUCGGAUCGAAACAUUGUUAAAGCUUGUUGUGGUGCAUCAGAGAUGCUAUUGAUUGUAUUUCUUCAAUGUUUAAAUGUAUAUGGAUUUGUGUGUGUGUGUGAGUGAGUGUUUGUGGAUGCCUGACAUUCAGUUUCAUUGAGACAAGCGUUGUUCAAAUGUACUAACUACACUUGAGGGCCUUUGGAUGGAAUCAAGAUUUUCUUUUUCUUAACUUGCAUCAAGUUUUAUUUUUAAAACAUUUAGUUGAUGAGUAUUUGACGACUGUGUAAAUACAUGAAUUGAUUGUACAGGGACAAGCAGAAUAUGAGUGGCAUAAUUGUGCAUGAUGUGGUUUUAUUCGUUAAUUUGACUAUAAUAAAUAUAGACAACUAUAGACUUGUAGAGAAUAUAUAUACAGCCUCAAAUGUUUCAUUUUUUUAUUAUUAUUAUUGUUUCUGUGCAACUUGUAAAUUGUAAUUAACUAACGGGACUGAAAUUUUCUUAUGAAUAAUGUGUUUUUUUUGUUCUAAUACUCAUGGCAUCAUAAUGCACAGGCUGAUAUUCUGAUUUAAACUGGUUGUAAUGGUUUCUAUUGUACUCCUGUAGGAAUUGAUUCACUUUGUUUUCAAGCAUCUCAGAUGUUUUGUAUUUUAGAGCCAGAUUUGUACUAACAAAUUAUUUCAUUUCAGCUAUUUAAGUUUUUAUUCUCUUCAUUGCUGGUUUGACUUUCAGUCUACGGAAAAUAUGAUGCAUAAAUAAAUCAUCUGAUUUAAAUUG